UUCCACCCCUCGGAACUUGAUAGGGUUCUUCUUUUCCUUUUCCACCUACACAAGUCUAGACCUAUCUUCUCCAACUUGACUGUAGACCGACGAGAACGCAAAAAGAGACAAAUAUGACAGACGACAAGAAAGAGCAGGCAAAACAGGCGACCGCCGACUAUGGCAUUGUCAACCCCUCGGGAGCAAUGGUAAUGGCUGCAGCGCCCAUGUACAUCGCCCUCGUUCCAGUCACCACCUACCUCACUGCCCCAGAAAGUAUAUGUCAAUCCCUCGUCCACGCCAUCAUCAAGCUCCUCCCAGGACUCAACACUACGGGCAUAACUUCAGGUCGCGCCAUCCCCGCUCUUUCCACUCUCUACCUCUUCUGGACUUUCGGUGCGUCGGGUGCCCUCUCCGCCGCAGGCCAAGCCAUGGGUCGCCGCGAGGGCCUCGACAAUGAUCACCCGAGGAAGCACGUGCAUCAGCUUGAGGGUCUGCCACUUAGACUACGCAGCGCGCAUUAUGCUCUUAUGGAGAACUUUCCCGCAUUCGCUCUCGCGGCGGCUCUAGCUCAGAUUAUGGCGCCCAGCGAUGCUCAGAUUGUCAACCUGCUCGGCUUCCAUGUCAUGGCAAAACUCAUGGUGCACUAUCCGGCGUAUGUGGGUAAUAUGGCGGUGCCGAGGACAUUUGCCCAUCUUAGUGCUACUGCGGCGCUGGUGAAUGUUUGUUGGAGGCUGGCGGGGGCAAGCUGAGCAUCUUCCUUUCUUUCUCUCUUCUUCAUAGAAAGGUGAAGUUGGAGGUCUGUUCGCGAGAAAAACAAAGAGGAGAAUGUAUAAUCUGAAGCCUCAGAUAGAGCAAAUGUCAGAAGAGUCAAGCGAGCUUGGUAAAGAGAGGAAGACUAGCGCUCACAAUGUAUUCUGAUAAGACGCUG